CCCUCACACGCUGCCUCCCUUCUGCCCCUCGGAGAAGAGGAGCCCCGCAGCGGUGGGGGCGGGAAGCCAGGCAAAUAUGAAAGUCAUCACUUGUGAAAUAGCGUGGCAUAAUAAGGAGCCCGUGUACAGCUUAGACUUCCAGCAUGGAGCGGAUGGGAAGAUCAAUCGACUGGCCUCAGCAGGUGUGGAUACAGCUGUUCGUAUAUGGAAAGUGGAAAAAGGACCAGAUGGAAAAGCAAUUGUAGAGUUCUUGUCCAACCUUGCCCGUCAUACCAAAGCAGUAAAUGUUGUGCGCUUCUCUCCAAGUGGGGAGGUCUUAGCAUCUGGAGGAGAUGAUGCUGUUAUUUUAUUGUGGAAGCUGAAUGAUAGCAAAGAAUCAGAACCAUUAGUUUUUCAGGAUGAAGAUGAAGCUCAGCUCAACAAGGAGAACUGGACAGUUGUUAAAACUUUAAGAGGCCACUUGGAAGAUGUGUAUGAUAUUUGCUGGACUUCAGAUGGAAAUUACAUGGCAUCUGCUUCAGUAGAUAACACAGCUAUAAUGUGGGAUGUCACUAAAGGACAGAAGGUUUCAAUAUUAAAUGAACAUAAGAGUUACGUCCAAGGAAUAACCUGGGAUCCUCUAGGCCAGUACAUUGCAACUCUGAGUUGUGAUAGGGUCCUGCGGGUGUACAACACACAAACCAAGCGUGUAGCGUUCAAUGUUACCAGGAUGCCAUCUGGAUCAGGAGCUGAAGGAGAGGCUAGGAGCUAUCGGAUGUUUCAUGAUGAUGGCAUGAAGUCAUUUUUCCGUAGACUCAGUUUUACUCCUGAUGGCUCCUAUUUACUCACUCCAGCUGGCUGUGUUGAAUCAGGAGAAAAUGUAACAAACACCACAUAUGUUUUCUCCAGAAACAAUCUUAAAAGGCCCAUGGGUCACCUGCCAUGUCCUGGAAAGGCAACUCUUGCUGUUCGAUGCUGCCCAGUCUACUUUGAGUUGAGACAAGCAUUUAAAAAAGAUGAAAUCAGUCAGAAAUCAGCUCCUGCUCUAUUUAACCUGCCCUAUCGAUUGGUGUUUGCUGUUGCUUCAGAAGAUUCUGUGCUUUUUUAUGAUACUGAGCAGCACUUCCCCUUUGGUUAUGUUUCUAACAUACAUUAUCACACCCUGAGUGACAUUUCGUGGUCCAGCGAUGGAGCCUUUCUUGCCAUUUCUUCUACGGAUGGAUACUGUUCAUUUGUCACUUUUGAGAAGGAUGAACUGGGAAUACCACUGAAAGAGAAGCCACAAAUAAGUGUCAGGAAUCCUGGCGCAACAGAAAAAAAAGUGAAAAAGAGCCACAAAGUCAUUUCCCCAGGCUCUAGGCUGACUGAGGAGACUCCUCCUAGGAAGGCCACUGAUCCCAGCACACCUACCCUCCAACUUAGGACACCUGUAGCUGCUAGUAAGGACUUGCCUUCCACACCUGUUGGCAUAAAAAAUAUUCCAGUCUCAUCCUCAGAUGAGAAGAUCAGCAAGCCAGCUAUCCAGAGCACUAAAGUAAACCAGCCCAGGAGGAUUACUCUCAACACUUUACAAGCAUGGAGCAAGACACCCAGGAGAAUAAACUUGAUUGCAGUGAAGCCAGAUACACCAGCCUCUGCAUAUACAGAUACAGUUCCUAUACCUCCUUCUUCAGAACAGGAACAAGUGAGGCCAUUGCUAUCUGAUGACAGUUGUGAAAAUCCCCCAGCGCCUAAACGUCCUAGAACUGAGGAAAUGUCUCUUUCUACAUCUGCUGAAGGUCAAACCAGCUGUGAUUCAAACAAAUAAAGGCUAACCUUUUAGUAGACUCUUCACAGUCUGAAGGCAAUGCAGCUGUAUCUGAGAGUGCAUUUCUUUUUGCAAAUUCUAAAGCCUCAAUUCGUGGUGGUGGUACCACAUGCAUAUCUGAUGCAGUGCUGUGAAGAGAGAAGCUGGCUGUAGAAGAAAAAGGUUUCAGGAAUGUAGCUUUGCAGAAGAACAGUUUGGAAGUGGCUUCCAAGUACAUCUCUGCAUAUUGAAUACAGCUUUUUUCAAGAAAUGCUUCAUUUUAAGGAAAUCCAAGAAAUGGGUAUUAAAAAGCCAUAGAGCAAUCUAAAAGUCUCCAUCGAAAUCCCUAAAUUGAGGCUUAUAAACUAUUACAUCUUCCAAUAACCUGUCUGGCAAAAUAAUAGAAUUUCUCAGGACUUAAUCAUAAUGAUUUGAUGUGCUUUAAGAAAAAAAAAAAGGAAAAAAGAAACAAGUUUCAUUCAAGCAUUUUUGCUUCUGUGUUUAGUGGUGUGCAAAGUAAUUAAUUCCUCUCAAGAACAUGGAGAAUGGAAGAUGAUGUUCACAUGCAGCAGCACACAAUAUGACUGAUAUGAUAUGAGUGAAAAAAAUCGGGAUUUGCAACUUCAUUAGACAAGAAAGCAAAGGGAAGAAGCCCUCUGAAGACAUGUUAUAAGCAUUAAGCAGUAGAAGAAAUUUUUUAAAUGUUUAGUUUCUCUGGUUUUAAAAAAUGCAGACAUGAGAAAGGAGCAGGAUUUGAGCAUAUACAUUA